GAUGACAACGCGAGCGGCUAGUUCUGGAUGUGUGUGCACCUUGAAGACCUCGUUGCCGGAGUGCUCGUCAAUGGAUUCGUCCCUGAAGCGCAACUGAUGGUUAAUGCAAUAUUUCCAUUAUCUUUAUGGAGCAGACUACAGCCUACAUGCAGGAUAACACUACGUUACCUUAAACGUUAAAUAUUUCGUCGAAGCAGCCUCGUGACCUUUUGACACCUGGCCGCCUCCAGUGUGCGGAGCGGAGCGGAGCCGGCAACUGUGUCCUACCGGAGCAGGGUCUGAUCCACCGCCAUGGGCUCGAAAGGCGUGGAGCGGCGUAAGCCCCACACACCUGCGCAGACGCCCGAGGGCAACGUGGUCAUGAGCUUCAGCUUCGAGAGCUACCAGCUGGAGGAGGAGGAGUGCCACGCCAAAGACAUAUCGGAAAAAGGUGUCCUCGCUCUGUCCGAGCCAGCUUUUGAGGAGCCAAUUCCAGAUGAUCGUUACCAUGGGAUUUACUUUGCCAUGUUGCUGGCUGGAGUUGGCUUUUUACUGCCUUACAACAGUUUUAUCACAGAUGUGGACUACCUACACCAUAAAUUCGAAGGCACAUCCAUUGUCUUUGACAUGAGUCUGACGUACAUCCUCAUUGCCUUGGUGGCUGUGAUUCUGAACAAUGUUCUAGUGGAGAGGCUGAGCCUGCACACCAGGAUCACAGUGGGUUACGCCUUUGCUCUGGGACCGCUGCUGUUUGUCAGCGUCUUUGAUGUGUGGCUGGAGAAGUUCACCACCAAGCAGGCGUACGUCAUCAACCUGGUCUCCGUGGGUGUCGUGGCAUUCGGAUGCACAGUGCAGCAGUCGAGUUUCUAUGGCUACAUGGGGAUGCUUCCAAAGAGAUACACACAAGGCGUUAUGACAGGAGAAAGCACUGCAGGAGUCAUCAUCUCGCUCAGCCGCAUCUUCACCAAGCUGCUGAUCAAGAACGAGAGGAAGAACACCAUCAUCUUCUUCCUCAUCUCCAUCUGCAUGGAGUUCAUGUGUUUCCUCCUGCACCUGUUGGUGCGACGCACGCACUUCGUCCACUACUACACUAGCCUCGCCCGCAAAGGCCUCAGCCAUCCCAAGGACCAUGGCCACCAGGGCGGCUCUGAGUACCAGGUCCACCAUGACGUCAUUGCAGAGGAAGUAAGAUUUGGCAAUGGUGCAGUGGGCGGCUCACCCCCAGAGGAGCGGCACGAGGGGGAGUAUGCAGGGGGAAAUGCAUAUGUUAGGUUUGACAUCCCCAAAGCUAAAAUCAAGAAGAGCUGGCCAGGGUUAAAGGAUAUGAUCCUGCACCGAUAUGUAGUGUCCCGUGUCAUCUGGACCUACAUGCUAUCGAUUGCCAUCACCUACUUCAUCACCUUGUGCCUGUUUCCUGGUCUGGAGUCAGAGAUACGCAAUCCCACCUUAGGGGAAUGGCUGCCUAUCCUCAUCAUGGCUAUCUUUAACAUGGCUGACUUUGUUGGCAAAAUCCUGGCUGCUCUUCCCUACGAAUGGCAAGGUAGCCGUCUGCUGUUCUUCUCCUGCCUGCGAGUGGUCUUCAUCCCCCUGUUCAUCAUGUGCGUGUACCCGUCGCAGCGGCCCGCCCUCGGGCACCCGGCCUGGCCCUGCAUCUUCUCCAUGCUCAUGGGCGUCACUAAUGGCUACUUUGGCAGCGUGCCCAUGAUCCAGGCGGCGGGCAAAGUGGCCCCCGAACAGAGGGAACUAGCAGGUAACACUAUGACGGUGUCCUACAUGGCCGGCUUGAUGCUGGGGUCUGUCGUGGCCUAUGCGGCCUACAGUUUCACUGCCCAAGGGUCCUUGCCCCACCCAGACACACACUAUAACUACACUCUACUGACUGGCCACUGACUCUCUGCGACCCAGCACCACCACUCUGCCAAACAACAAUGUCUACGAUGUCCAUUCCAUGCAACACGUCACAAGGUGGCUGUAUGUAUGCUUCAAUGUAGCAAGGUCUCGGCUAAACACCAUGUCACAUACAACCACACACAUCGCAGGCUCCGUGCUGUGCUAACCACUCAGAUUUAUACAGAAUGUAGUCCGUGAAGCAGAGCAGGCCAUAGACGUGUAAAGAAAUAGAUGUAUAUGCUGCAUUGUGUUGCCUCUCACUGUGUACUUUGGUUUCGCUCUAAAUCUACAUGGCAUUUGUGCGCCCCCUUGUGUCCAAACGGGUGAAUUUUCUCUGUUGCUGUUCAAUGUUGGCUUAUGUUUGGAGGAUCCAUAAUGCUGUGAAUUUUUAUUUGGUCCAUUACUGAGCUGGUAUGAAAGAAGACAGACAGAGUACAGUUGAUGUAUUGAAACUAUACUGGACACUAAUGGAGGUUCUGCCAGCAUUUUUGUUUAGUUUUCUUAAAAAGUCUUAAGUGAUCCACAAAGGGAAAAUGAUGUUUACUGUCAGAUCUAAAGUAUCUUUUAAAUGGAGCCUGAUUGAUUUACCUCUGUGCUAAUGCAAGUUGAAUGUUCAUUACUGUGAAUAAAAGCUUUUUUUAUUUUUAGUUGUGUCUGAAGUUGUGCAGACUGUACGUAUGUAAAGAUUUUGCAUUUCACUUGUAUAUUAAAAAUAUGAAAAUAUAGAAAGACAAGAAAAUUGAGUCUUGAAAUAUAGAUCAUUCAUUUUGAUGUAUGAUGAGAAAGAGGUUCACAGACUCUCAAAAUGAGGGAUGUCUUUGAGGAAGAUCUGUAGUUUUUCUUUCUACUCUUGAACUAAUAAAAAUAGCUUUAACAGCCAACUCUAUAGAUUUUUGAAAGUGUGGACAGCAUAUCUUUGAUG